AUGCCUGCCGCCGACGAUUCGCCCACCGAAAAGAAGCAGUCCAGCAGCAGUUCAUACCGAGAUGAGUUGGCGCAUUACAAGGCUCAAUAUGAGCAGCUGGAGGCCGAGCUAGCGGAUUUCCAAGUCUCAAGUCGGGAAUUGGAGACCGAGCUAGAAAAGGAUAUCGAAGCGUCGGAGAAGAGGGAGCGCCAGUUAAAGGAGAAAGUCGAUACCUUACGGUAUGAGGUGGAAGAGUGGAAGGCAGCCGACCAGGGAGAGAAACUCAUGUUCUUGCAGACCAAAUACAAACAGUCCAAGACUGAAGGCAAUUCGGCGCAAAACAACCUCCAAAAAGAGAUUACCUCCCUUCGCGACACCAACCGCACUCUCCAGCUGAAGCUGCGCGACAUUGAAGUUGCCAAUGAUGAUUAUGAACGGCAAGCCCGGAAUACCACUUCGUCCCUGGAGGACAUGGAAUACAAACAUAAUUCCGCCAUCGAGCGGGGAGUGCUACUCGAGGAGGAGAUGAGGGAGGGCGAACAAGAGCGAGAGAGUCUGCGCAUUCAGAAUCAGCGACUACGGGAUGAACUCACAGAUCUCAAGGUCGAGGCAGAAAUCGUCCAGGAGAAGUUGCGCAACGCUGAAGGAGGACAUGCCUUCCGUCGUCGGAAGCCCACCCCUCUCUAUCGCAGUCCAUCCACCCCGCAUUCGUUGGAGAUCUUCGACCGUUCACCGGGCACGGCGACUUCCUCGCCUGUCUUUGCAACUCCUCCAGCCAAAUCAUCACUGGCUUCCUCUACCGCCACUCCUCCCUCGCCUCCCAUCUCCGAGUCGUCGUCCAGCCUGCGCCGAUCGAUCAACGCAACACCCACCUUCCCUCGCCAGCGAGCAGCAGGUGCAGACCCGAUUACUUCGCGGACGCUGCACAAUGCUCACAAUACUCGCACGCAGCCUCGUCCCGUCCAUUCUCGAACCUCCUCUCUGGCCUACAGCAACCCCGGCCGUUCCACUCCUUCAAUCUCUUCCCGUAAUAGUCUGUCGCGGACAAGCGGCAAUGCUCUUCGUCAAUCAACACUGCCCAAAUCCGGCUCUCUCUACCAAAUCCGAGGUCUGAUCGGCAAGAUGCAGAAACUUGAGGAGCGUGUGCAGUCCGCCAAGUCACGACUCCCUGCCCCUUCUGAAACCUCAUCCCGAGGCAUUACCGUGCGACGAAACUCACGGAAACGACUGAGCGGCAGUAGCUUCGGCUCGUCCGUGCGAGACAGCGAGAGCGGUACACCAUCCUACGUCCCGCAAAGCCGGCAGUCCUUCGGGGCUCGAACCGGCGGUGACAGUCGUCCCAGCAGCAGAACCUCAUACUCCAGUCGCAGUUCCUUCAGCCAAAGCGUUCACUCCGGUGUUCCUGUCGGCGCCCGCCCCGAAAGUCGAUCAAGCCGACCCGGCGCGAAAACCCCACUCGGCCACUAUUCAACCAACCCGACGACAGAGAGUCGGCGCCCACGCUCCUCCCUCAGUAACCAUAAUGGACAGGGCUCGUCAGUAGGCGGCAUGUCCCAUAUUGAAGAGGACCUUGAUCUCGCCUCGACCCCGACAACCUCUCGCAUUCCGCAGGAUCUGCGCCGACCGUCGUUUUCCGCCGCUGCCACACCCGGUACGCUCAAGAAGCGCACGACUAGUGGUGUCUCAGCUAUCCCCGCACCCCGGAGUUUCAAGACGAGCAUUGGGCCCGGAUCAAGCAUGGCACCAUCAGCCGAUCGCAGGGCGAAAGUGAACGAUCUCGGCGAGACUUUCUAG